UCGGAGUGUUCGGGACACAACUCCUCUAUCUUUCUUUUGGGCAGCACGACAUUUGAACUUAAGGCGAAAACAAAACAAACGUGUUGGAAUCCCGACCAUCACCAUGCCAAAGGGUUUUCUUGUAAAACGGUCCAAAAGGACAGGUGCCGUCUCAUACAGAAUUCGUGACGACUCCGAACCAGCUCAAAGUCUCCCCUCAGUUACUGGCAUCUCGACUUUCCAUCUGUUUAGGGAUAAUGUGCAGGCGUGCAGCUUCGCACAAAGAACACCAAACAGGGUUUGUUUCGGAGGGAUGCCCGAGUCAUUCUAUGCUCCAUCCCUUAGCCCAACUCGACCAGACAGCUCGGAGUACAAUAAUCAGUACCCCACCGACACAGAGCCUCUGUGCAGCACGGUCUCACCAUCCCUAACUGAGAUUUUCCCCGAACCGAUUCUGGGAAGCUUCGCUGUAAAUGGGUCUCCAGCGACACCCUCUUUACCCGAAAUGACAUCCAAAUUGGACUCUAUAUGUAAAGAACAGGCACGAGCCGCGGCGAAGAGACCUGCCUCGACCAGCGCGAAAAAUCUGACCGGUGGCAAAAAGCGCAAGGCCACCAGCUCUCCAAAUCAAGACAAGCGCCCUGUCAGCCGGGACGAGGUCACCACGUCGCCGGUUCUGGGCUUGCGCAUCAAGGAGGAUCCAGAUGAGGACACGAAAAAGAGCACAAACACCAACAGCAGUCCGUUGAGCGGGUUCGUUUGUCAACUCUGCAAAGAAAGUUACUCGGACCCGCUUAGCUUGGCUCAUCACAAGUGUUCCCGCAUUGUGCGAGUCGAGUACCGCUGCAACGAGUGCGACAAAGUUUUCAGCUGCCCCGCUAAUCUUGCCUCGCACAGGCGCUGGCACAAACCCAGGGGCGCACAAGGGGGACGUGUCUCCCCGCAGCCUGAAGAGAACAAAUCCUCACCAUCGGCUUCCAGUCACGGGACGAAUUACCGAGAAAGUGCCACGCCGCCACCCCAUAACUCGGACUCGGCUUCAGAUGAUGAGAUGACCUUUAGCUGCCAUUUGUGCGCAAAGAAGUUCAGACGGCAGGCGUACCUGAGGAAACACCUGGCUCUCCACAACCGAAAAGCAAGUGGCCUGCCGCAGAACCAGCUUUCACCAGAGGCCACUGUGACAGCACAAAGUCCAACCGGCCAGGGCAAAGAAAGAGACACGCCAGACGGUUCAGUUCAGCACCCAACAAACGAGCCGACGUCUGUGCACGAGGGCGGUGUGUACAAUUGCAGGUUUUGUGGAGACAAUUUCUUUUCAUCUCCUGGUCUUACAAGACAUAUCAACAAGUUUCACCCAACGGAGAAGAGACAGGUGAUCUUUCUAUCACGGACUGUUUGAGCCCAAAAGGACUGAUCCCAAAUUAGUCCUGUGAUAAGAUUUUUAUAUUUUAUAAUUCAUUUUUUUAAGUUAAAAAUGUAAAUAUAAUGUCAGGCGAUAUCCCAAAAUUGCAUGUAUCCUAACCCAGUAU